AUGGCGAUAUCCUUGACCCCUAUCCAGUUCCCUCCCACAUUUGAGGCACCAGAGUGUCCAGAACUAGGACGGGAAGUACAUGGAAUUCACCCAAGGGACGUCUGUGGCGACCCAGAGGCGUUCGCAGCACUGGAGAAAGCGUUGUAUCAGCACGAUCUUCUUCUAUUUCGCAAUGUCGAUCUUGGUCCCAAAGAGCAAUAUCGCCUAGUGAAGGUAGGUGGAAUGCCCCUGUUUGCUUCCAUCGCUGAUCCUGACACCACAGGGCUUUUUGAUGCAUCCGCAGAAACGUAUGGACAUGGAGGGAAGAUCGAGAGAUCCUCAAUCCUGUCGUACCUGAAGAAGAUUCCUCGGGUUCCUCAGGUACAGGUCAUCGGUCAUGGAGUAGUAGAUGGACACGAAGGGCUCGAAAGGAUAGAGCUAAAGCACGCCCAUGACUCCAUGUUCCACAAAACCACAAUACCGAAGGAAGAGGAAGAGCGUUGUGGGGCAACAAGGUUCCUGAGGUGGCAUAUGGAUGCUGCGCUCUUCAAAUUCGACCCUCCUAAAGUGACAGCCUUGGACCUAGGUCAGGUAGUCCGAUAUGGCAACGGAACGGGGGACGAUCUAACAGUACCCUUGGGAACAACCGCUUUUGUAUCGGGAAAAACAAUGUUCGAGACCUUGCCCCCCGAAUGGCCAAGUUUUGCGGCUCGAGCCAAAGCAACAUACGCCCCCCGCCCGUUUGAAUGGAUAUGGAAUGCGAAGACCCUGAGCACUGGCUUAGGGUUGGUGACCGAAGGGAAGGAGGUGGGAUUGGAGGACUUGAGUGACUGGGAAGAGGCGAAAGUAAAGGUUUAUCCGUUCUUGUGGAAAAACCCUGUCACCGCGAAAUUACACCUGCAGGUGCACCCAAUGGCGGUUCGAGAGAUUAUCGUGGAGGCUAUUCCGUACGACCAACGCAGCGAGAGAGAUGUUUAUCCUGAUGGUGGCCAUAUCACUGAUUUGAAUGAAAUUCGAGAAGUCCUGUACAAAAUGCAGCGGCCUGGAAUCGCGCCAAAGUUUGUAUACCCACAUCCAUGCGCUCAGCUUCCAGCGGGCGCCAGGAAGAGCAAAGACCUCGUCUUGUUCCAUAAUCGUGGCCUGAUGCACUCAGUCGUUGGCCACUUUGCUGAAGGCCAAGUUCGACUAUUCCAUCAAUGCAAUUUAGCCUCUUUGGACCAACCCGAAGGACCGAGUCCCCAGGACAUCGAAUUGUUGCAGGUCGCGGUGAGGAGGGUGGUCGUUUGA